AUGGAAUUCUGGAGAAGGAAGAAGGAGAAAAAGAAUGCAAGAAAGUGUUUCCUCGAAAAUGGAAGCGUGUUUCUUAAGGAACUCAUAGCCGACUGUAAUGGCAUAUCAAACCCUAUUAGAAUGUUUUCUUCCGAUCAAAUCUCCAAUGCCACGAAUAACUUCGAUCCCAAUUGUUCUCUCCCUCUUAAUUCAUCAUGGUCCAUCUGGUACAAGGGCGUCAUCGAAGGCAGGUCUUACCUGAUCAAGAGAUUUACAAGCCGAGUGGUUAAAGAUGAAGAGAAUGCUUACAACGAUAUCGUGUUAUCUGCUCGGGUAAGUAAUCACAUUGGUUUCCUCAAACUCAUUGGUUAUUGUCUCGAAUUUCCUCAUCAGUUGUUGUUAUUUGAAGACCUUGAAUAUAGACCUUUGAACCAUCUAGGAAGUCUUGGUCAUGAGGUCGAGCCUGUGUUGUCGUGGAAUGUACGUUUGAAAAUUGCCAAGGAGGUCGUGGUUGCUAUAACUUAUCUUCACACUGCUUUCCCUAGAAUCAUUAUACACCGAGAUAUCAAGCCUACAAAUGUUUUCUUGGAUAAGAAUGGGACUGCUAAGCUCAGUGAUUUCUCCCUUGCCAUUGCACUCCCUGAGGGUAAAACGUGGAAGUUAGAGCGGGUGUUUGGAACUUUUGUAUACAUAGAUCCUAUUUAUCAGUUGACGAGCAUAGUGACAGAAUACGUAGAUGUGUAUGUGUUCAGCUUUGGAAUUUUUAUGCUGGUUCUUCUGCUGGGAAGACAAUCACUUAUGGCUGGAUCAGAUGGUUACAUGGAUACUGACACUAGUAUUCUUGACCAUGUGAAGGGUUUGAGAGAGAGAGGAGAACAUGUUGAAUUUGGGGGUGAUUUGAAUGACAUGAGGCCUGUUGAGAUGAAAAUGCUUCUCGACCUGGCACUCGAAUGCUGCGAGGAGAGGAAAGGAGACAGGCCAAAGAUGAUCGUGGUUGCAAAACAGAUUAAGCUUAUAGAAAGAUACUCUAUUGUCUUAUCUGCUCGAGUAAGUAAAUACAUUGGUUUCCCCAAACUCACGGCAUGUUGCCUUGAAGACUUAGAAUAUAGAGUUUUGAACAUAAGAGGAAGUCUUGGUUCCGAGGACGCGCCGGUAUUGCCUUGGAAUGCAAGACUGAAGAUUGCAAAGGAGGUUGCGACUUCUAUAACUUAUCUUCACACUGCUUACCCUAGAAUCAUAAUACAUCGAGAUAUCAAGGCAACAAAUGUUUCUUUGGAUAAGAAUGGGAGGGCUAAGCUCAAUAAUUUCUCCCUUGCCAUUGCACUCCCCGAGGGUAAGACGUGGAUUGAAGAUAGUGUGACUGGAACUCCUGGAUACUUAGAUCCUCUUUAUUACUUGACGGAGAUAGUGUCAGAAUACACUGAUGUCUACAGUUUUGGAAUUUUUAUGCUGGUUCUUCUGCUGGGAAGACAACCACUUCUUGCUGGAUCAGAUGGUUACGUAGAAAUUGGUUCUCAUAUUCUUGAUUAUGUGAAGCAUCUGCGAGAGAGAGGAGAACAUGUUGAAUUUGGGGGUGAUUCGACCGACAUGAGGCCUAUUGAGAUGAAAAUGCUUCUCGACCUGGCACUCGAAUGCUGCGAGGUGAGAAAAGAAGACAAGCCAAAGAUGCUCGUGGUUGAAAAAGAGAUUAAGCUUAUAGAAAGAUACUCUAUUGUUAAAAACUUAUGA